AUGCGGCGAGGCUUCGCCGGCAAUUGUCUGUGCGGAUUUGGCGGCAGAAACCGUGCGGGUGCGGCUGCAUUGUCUAGAGUCUCUUUGUUCGGCUGCCGGUUGCCGGCGGCGAGUGGCGGAUGCGGCGGCGUGGUCUGUGUGUUGUCGCACGGCGGUCACUGGCGUGAGUGUGAGGGGGGCACGCCUGGCCCUCUGCCGUCACCGAGAAAGCGGUGGAAUAGUCUGGAAGGGCUCUUGGCUGGUGUGGGUCCGACGCACCCGGCCAGCGUUUUCGACGACCGGCCCGUGGCUCUCGGCCGCCUCGUGAGCAAAUUGUCGGAGGCGUCUUACACGGUGGAGAUGCUGGGUACUGCCGAGAGGGGUUGCCACGGGGGGAACCGCCGCCGGGCCGCGGCGCAGCUGUUGACGGUGGAUGCUGGCACGCGGGUGACGGUCAGGAUGGAGAAGGAUCCCUCGAGCACAGCGGCGGUGGCGCAGUCCGCCAUGCAUAUGAUGGGCACUAUCGUAAAGGUGGACGGAGAUGCCACGUAUGUUAUACUAAUGGAGAGCGGCGAGGUGGAGCUCUCUGUGGCACGUGAACGCAUUGUGGCGCUGCAGCCGCCGAAGAAGCUGCUCCACAGCGCGAGGCUGGUGGCGCUGGUAGGCUGGCUGCGCUCCUGCGUGCACGACCCGCGGAACGUCGAGGCCAUCGCGCUGAUCCUGUUCAGCGGCGGCUGGCGGGAGGAGCGGAUGCACCUGCUGGGUGGCGUGGAUCUCCUGCCGCUUGUGUUUGUGUCGAAGGUGGAGCUGGACAGCAUUAUGGAGAAGGUGCAGUGGGAGCGCGACCACUACAGGGCGAUGCGCAUGCUGCGCCGCGAGCGGAUGAAGGAUAGGAAUUUGCGCUACGCCCUGGCCAAGCACAAGGGCACCAUGAGCUGCAUUGCCGGCGUGCUGGUGGUCGGCUACGUGUUCACGACGAACCUGCGCGCGCACCGGCGGCAGCUGCGGAGCCAUCAGCUCCGGAUGGCCAUCGAGACCCUCUCAGAGGCUGCCCGGCCAUCGACGGAUGAGGGUGUGCUGGCGGCGGCCGGUGUGUGCCGUGUCGCGGCGCGGUGCGCGUGGAGGGGGUGCCGCUGGUUCACGUGGACGUGGGCGGCACGGAGGACACCCUGCGCAGCGUUGUCGAGGCCCUGGGGGUGGGCAAUGCGGAGGUGUGCGGCGACCUGCUGGGUUUUGUGGAGGAGGCCAUGCGGGGCGCGACCGUGA